AUGCCGAAGAAGAUGGGUACGAACAGCAAGGCGGAGGAGGCUAGGGCUCGGAAGAGCUCGACCGAAGCCGAGCGCAAGGAGCGCGAGGCGCGCGAGAAGGAGGAGCAGUACUGGCGCGAAGCCGAGGGCAGCAAGUCUCGCGCGGCCAAGAAGCGCGAGGAAGAAGCCGAGAAGCGAGCUGAGGCCGCUGCUCGCAAAGCUGAGGCGCGCCGAUUGGCGGAGCUGGAGGAGAAGGAGCUCGAGAAGGCGGUAAAGAAGCCCGAUAAGAAGGUCGGCCGAGUCGGGAUCCCGGUUCCGAAGGUCACCGAGGCGGAGCUGAGGAAGCAGAAGGAGGCGGAGCAGGCGGCGUUGUCGAAAAAGUCGAAUGAGGUGAAGAAGAAGCAGAGCCGUACGGCCGAGGAGGAGGAGUAUGAGAGGAUGGUGGCGGUGGAGAAUAGGAAUCGGGACGAUUCGAUCAUCGAGGCGAGGUCGGUGGAGGAGGCGGUUGCCAAGAUGACGGUGGCAGAGAGCUUGCCGGUGGAUCGGCAUCCGGAGAGGAGGCUCAAGGCGUCAUUUAAGGCUUUUGAAGAAGCUGAGCUCCCAAUUCUGAAGGAAGAGAAACCAGGUCUUACUCACAAUCAAUACAAGGACAUGAUAUGGAAGCUAUGGAAGAAAUCUCCCGAUAAUCCUCUAAAUCAGGUUGCUGAGUGA